AUGAAGAAGGUUGCGCUCUCGAUCGUCCUGCUCCUCUUGCCCGUGUACUCCCUAAGCAUAGAUAACGCAAACCAGGAGCCAGAAGAAAUAAAAAACAUCACUGCAAAAUUACAAGUACAGAACAGUGAACAUGAAAAAUUUCUCAGCGUGAUCAACGAAAUUUUUACCAAGAAGGAUGAUAGUUGUAAAUUUUCAUUUUCCAAUAACGGGUUCAAAUGUGCAUUUAGCAAGUUUGAUGUUAACUUCAAUAACGGAUCCAAGGAAAUGAAUGCAUUAUUUAACAACGCAAAUGAACAAAUUAUAAAAGAUGCUGCUGAGGAAUACAAAGUUCGUCUCAUGUUGGAGUUACACAACUUGAGACCACCAACUACAAAUCUAAAAAAUUUUAAGAAGGAUUUCCAGGGUAUAUGUAUGAAAUUUUUUUCUGAAUUAAGAAGAAAAUUUUUCCACCUGUACAGAAAUAAUGAAUCUAAUGAAGAUGGUGAUGUAAACCAAAAUGAUGAUAUUACGAAUGUGGAUCAAUUGACGGAACGACUGGAGUCCACCUACGACUCUGCUUCAACUGAAGAUGGCUCUAUUUCAGGAAAAGAUAAAAAGCAAGAUUUAUCGGAAGUGAUGGAGGAUGAUGAGGAGAACAACCUAGAUGUUCCACAUGUGCAAAGCAGCUACUCCUUCUCUUCACACACAUCCAAAAAAAUAGUGUUCGACGGAAAUAAUGUAAUUGAAGAAAAUGAGAGCUCCAUAAAUGAUGGAAGUGAUGACCAGAAUGAAAAUCUCGAACAAGGACCAAUGACCAAAGAAAAAGCUCUGUCCAUUUUUCUAAAAAAUAGUUCCUUUAGCAUUGAAGGAAAUAUCACUGAGGAAGACCAGAACAAGGAAAAACCAUUUAGCGUCUUCUUUAACAGCCAACUUAGUAGAAACCAUAUCAGUACUGUAUGCAAUGCCAAUGGAAAAAACAUGCUCAGAGGAUCUGGUAGUAACAACCCUUUCCCCAUGGAACCACUUAAUCCAGAUGAUUUAAAUAAAAUGAUGAACGACAUGGUAAAAUUCUUUGAGAGCCAAAAUGACGGAAAUGGAAUGAUGUUGCCCUUUUUGAACCGAAUGAACUUUAACGAAGCCCUCGGAAAUUUGGGAUUACCAAGUGGUCUUGACAUCGAAUCCAUGUUCAACGACUUCCUCCAGAAAAGCGGAUCCAACCCAUGCUGUAGAGGUGCGCGACCACAAAUUGAUCAACCACCCAAGAAGGAAGACCCCCCAACGACAGACGACUCUGAUAAUCAGCAGUAA